UAUUAUGUGAACUCUCCACAGAUGUGAAAGAUGCACAGAUCGAAAAAGUUUGGUAGUUUGUAUUUCAAGUGGGGACAUAAAUUUCAAUAGCGCAAGUACUGCAAUUUAAUUGUGCAUCGAUUUGCCACGUUUUAGAGUCCAGCCGGAAUGUAUUUAGUAUAUUGACAAGUACUGAUUCAAAAUGGGCCCCAAUAAAUUAAAAGUCGAAGAGGAUGUGACCACCAAAGAUGACUCUUCUGUUCAGUUCUUAUCAUUUUUAAAUUCAUCUUCCAUCCGAAAUAAAUCCGAUUCGUCGCCACGUUGUAUAAUUUGUUCUGAAAUUACAAAUUCUACCAAUCCAAAAUUACGACCACUAAGGAGUACGAAAAGAAGAAAACGUGAUAUCAAGUCUUCUAUGGCACUGGAUAAAAUGGUAUCGAUCCUGCAUUUCAUUUCAUUUAACUGUCUCGGUCUGAAAUUAAGUCGAGAUGAAAUCCAAACCGAUUUGAACGACUCGUCAGAAUUUCUUUGUGAAGAACACAAUAAACUUAUUGAAAACGGAUUGGAAUUGGAUAAACUAAUCAAAGAGAUGACAACGAAAUUGGAAAGUAUCAAGAAAAUUGUACAAGAGGGAAUUGGUCAGCAUUAUAUUAGUCUUGGAUCUGUCAAAGUGGAACCUAAAGUGGAUUAUGAAGAUUAUGUGGACCAUGUUCACUUGGACUUCUGUGAAAUUGAUCCUUUAGCAGAAUCAGAUUUUUCGAUGAUGAUGUAUGAAAACUCAUCCUGUCCGUCUGACGAGUCGAUGCCAAUACAAGAUUUGCCAAAACUUACCACACAAGCACAAACACGAUUGUCUAAAAGAUUGAAAAUAAUUUCCACACAAGAGAUGGUGGAUAUAAACAUGGAAGAUUCUGACAAUGGUCCUGAUAAUGAUCCUGAUUUCGUAUUAGAUGAUGAUAUUCCAUCAAUUCACUCAGAUUCUUCCAACAAUAAAAACGUCAUCGAGUCUGACUCCGACAAGAAACAAUUAGUCAAAGAUGAAAACAAGAAACAGAGACGACGACGACAACGAUGUGUUCAGUCCAAGAGAACAAAACAUAAAAACAGAAUAAGUUGUCAAAUCUGUAAACAAUCUUUCACUAAGGUUCUAGAACUCAAGUCUCACCGUUUGAAUGAGCACGGAGAAGACGGACCCAAUUUUCCAUGUUAUCUUUGUGCUUAUGGAUCCAAUAAGAAAAGUCGUCUGAACGAUCACAUAACUCGUGUCCACAGUGGAAAUGAACCAUCCUUUCUUUGUGACCAGUGCCCAAAGACCUAUCUUGUUAGUGAGAAUUUACAAGCGCAUAAGAAGCAAAUGCACUCGGCAGAAGCUGUAAAAAUAAUUGCUUGUCCAUACUGCACCACGGGGAAGAAGUACAAAGGGGUCUUUAAUCUCAACGCCCACAUUAGAGUUCAACAUAGCAAAGAACCGAAACCAGUAGAGAGGAAAAAAUUUAUUUGCGAAUUGUGUGGUAAAGCUUAUACCAGUGUACAGGACCUCAAGCAGCACAUGCAGAAAGUACAUUUGAAUACUCAUGCACCCAGUAUUUGUGACAUUUGUGGGAAAAAACUGUCGGAUUCAAAGAGUCUAAAAAAGCAUAGAUUGUCGCAGCAUCAAAAGUCGUAUCAGUACAAGUGUGAAUUAUGUGGGAGUGGCAGUUUGUUCAAAAGUCAUCUCAUUGCUCACUACAAACAAACACAUCCUCAUCUCACCGAGGAUGAAUUGGACGGUUUUACUAAAAAUUGUACCAAAGUUAUUGAUAACACGAAUCCCAUUUAUCGAGAGGAAGAAAAGUCACAGGAAAAUUAGAAAUUGAGCUCAACAAGGGUCUCAACUUGUCUCAAUUAAAAACUCAUCUCUGGGAAGUUACAUUCCUGAAGUAAGAUAUUGGUUAUAUUUAUCCAGUGUAAACUAAGAAAAUAUAAGCAAAACUAUGUUUGUUCAAUCUUUUUUUACGUAAUAAAACAUUUUUAAUAUAAAUCAUUAAA